AUGGACUGUGGAAAUUCCGACGACGGUACCGGCGGUACAGAGGCCGCUGUAACUUCAAACUCAACAGAUCGCCGUGGUGACGGCUUCAGCCCCUCAGACCCCACAGCACAGCAGGAUCACAAGCAGACAUCCGCUGCCGAUUCCCAGCCAGCAGAGCCGAUGGAGUCAGCGCCGAGUGCCGCAGCAGCCACUAACAGCCACCAACAGCCGAUGGUGUUUCACGGCGACUGGGCGGACGACUAUGAGGGCGACAGCGCGGACGUGGGCCAGGCGCCGCAGCCUCAACACCAGCCUCAACCUCAACCUCAACAGCCGGCGCUGGCGGCCCCUCAGCCGCGGACUCCUCAACAGAGCACCCAGCAGCAGCGGCGGUCCGAGCUGCGCGUCGAGCUGUGCUCCAGAGACCUCUGGCGGAGGUUCCACGCGCUCGGCACCGAGAUGAUCAUCACCAAGGCCGGCAGGCGCAUGUUCCCCACGGUGAAGGUGCGGCUCGGCGGGCUGGACCCCGGCGCCACCUACAUCGUCUUCCUGGACAUCGUGCCGCUGGACGACAAGCGCUACCGCUACGUCUACCACAGCUCGCAGUGGAUGGUGGCGGGCUCCGGGGACCCCCCGCUGGCGCACAACGUGUACGUGCACCCCGACUCGCCGGCCACCGGCCAGCUCUGGAUGGCGCAGGGCGUCGUCGCCUUCGACAAGCUCAAGCUCACCAACAACCAACUAGAUGGGAACGGUCAUGUUUCCUUGCACUCAAUGCAUAAAUACCUGCCGAGAGUGCACAUACUGGAGACAACAGACCUAGAGACUCCAGCAGAGCAGCAGGCAAGUGUGGAACGAGCUCUGACGUACACAUUCCCUGAGACGGCCUUCACAACAGUCACUGCAUAUCAAAACCAACAGAUCACACGUCUGAAGAUUGCAAGUAACCCUUUUGCUAAAGGAUUCCGGGAGGCAUCGAGAACACGGGAUGGAAGUGAAGACACACGCCAGCUGUGUCGACCACUCAGUGGUCCUGGAGCAGUCUUGCCAACACUGCGACCUGAAAUGUUUUCAUUUGCACACACCACUACAAACCCAGCAAUGUUCUCUGUGGACCCCUACUGUAAUGCAGCUGUGACUCCACUCCUCCACCGAGGAUUCUACCCACUGACUGCACCAGUGCGGUUUGUUGUUCCUCCCCAGCUUGGGCUGGCAGUCACUGGUUCCACUCCUCAUGCACUUUGUGUGACUCCUGAUACUGAUUCAUCUGCUAGAAUGUAUGUUACCACCUAG